GCGGUACGGUCUUCGGUACGGCGUGGCCGUCGCCGCCGCGCGGCAUUCCGGCCGCGACGGCACUCCGGAAGGUGAAGAGUGUACGCUCCGCUUGUGGCUCCGCUCUGAGACGCCGCCGUCCGUCUGCUAGCUGUGUGUGACAGUCGAUCCCGACGGACGCGGUGGCGUCCGGACGCGCGCGCCUUAUCGGCCUUAUCAUCGUCGGCGGGCGGACGGGCGGACGUGCGGAGAGGACCAGGGCCAGCCGAAGGGGACUUUAAGAGGCGCGUAGGCAUCGCAGGGCGCACAAGCGGGCGGACCACGACAGCGGACGAGCGAUGUCGCUGAGCGAGCUAGACGAAACAGCUGUGGAGAAUUUCCGCGAGUACCUGCGGAUACCGUCGGUGCAUCCGGACAUCAAUUACGAUGAGUGUGUGGCAUUCCUGAAGAAACAGGCAGAGUCCCUCGACUUGCCGUUGAAGAUCUAUCACGUACACCCCAAAAAGCCGAUUGUGGUUUUAACAUGGACGGGAACACAGCCGACAAAGCCCUCGAUUCUCCUGAACAGUCACAUGGACGUUGUACCUGUCUUCGAGGACAAAUGGACCUAUCCGCCAUUCAGCGCUCACAUGGACGAGCAGGGCAACAUCUACGCUCGUGGUAGUCAGGACAUGAAGUGCGUGGGAAUACAGUAUCUGGAGGCGAUUCGCAGACUAAAGCUGAAUGGACAACGCUGUCAGCGCACCAUCCACAUCUCCUUUGUCCCAGAUGAGGAGAUUGGCGGGGUUCUCGGAAUGAAGGAAUUCGUGCACACCCCGGAUUUCAAAGCCUUGAACGUCGGUUUCGCGCUGGACGAAGGUGUGGCCAGUCCGUUUGAGCACUACUAUAUGUUCAACGGGGAAAGAUCGAUCUGGCACGUCGAGAUAAAGUGCGAGGGAAAUCCCGGGCACGGAUCGAUUAUGCUGGACAACACGGCUGGAGAGAAAUUGAGAGUCAUAAUCGAUCGCUUCACAGACUUUCGAACUUCCGAGAAAGCGAAACUCACAGAUCCAACGAAACUGCCGGUUACACUUGGCAACGUAACUUCUGUGAAUCUUACGAAAGUUUGGGGUGGCGUACAAACUAACGUUAUACCUACCGAGCUCAGCGCUAUGUUCGACAUUCGUGUAACACCUUCCGUUGACCACGAUGAAUUCGAGGCUACUAUCAAACGCUGGUGCGAAGAGGCUGGUCCAGAUGUAACUUACUCCUUCGAGGAGAAAAAUCCCAAAAUCGAAAACACCAAGCUUGACGAGUCUAAUCCUUUCUGGCUUGCUUUCAAAAAAAUCUGCGAUGAAAUUGGUGUCAAGUUGGAAAUCGGUAUCUUUCCGGGAGGCACAGACAGCCGUUUUGUGCGACAGGUGGGUAUUCCUGCUCUUUGCUUCUCGCCAAUGAACAAGACAAAGAUACUUCUUCACGAUAACGACGAAUAUCUUAACAAGGACGUAUUUCUGAAAGGAAUAGAGAUAUACAUGAAAAUAAUACCGACUGUUGCGAAUGUUUAAACGAACACGCCACAUUCGUUCAUCAAAUAUUUAAAGUGCCAUAGUCAGAUAGUUGGAGCUAAUGAUUUAUUCUACAGAUUGAUGAGCUUAUUGAGCAAAGUCUCUUGAAUUCAAGAGAUCGUAUUAACGUGCAAUAAUACUAAGUCAAUAUAUAUUUCUAUAUUGCAUUUAUAUAUAUACGUUAACGUUAUAAGAUCGUUUUAAAUGUUUAUUACUGUUGGAUGGAUUUAUUUGAAAAGAGAUAAGUUCGACUAAGAAAUACAACAUAAGGAAAAAGAAGAAUGAAGAGAGUGAAUAUCUUAAAAAAAGAUAAAACGUUUUAAAUCACAAAAUGAUGAAGGCAAGGAGGUACUCUCUACAGAAGAGAUAAGUAAAGGCUAACAUGGAUACAUCGAUAACGACAGUGUCAGGGAAACAAUACAAGAUUUGGAUAAAAAAGUCGAACGCUCACGAUUAAACGCAUAAAGAGUGCAAUAAAGAAAACAAUGGUGCUAUACAAACGGGACCAGAGCAAUCUGCUCAAAUUAAAGAAGUUCUUCGAGAUUCUUCCAGUUAAAUGCAAUAAAUACUAUUUUUAUACGGCUUUAUAACGCACGUGAAAGUGCGUAUCCUCAUUCGAUGGAGAGUCAAGAGUCAAAGCAAGCGCAACGAGGGAAACGAAAGCAUAAACGUGUUUACACAUCGAACCGACUGAAAUGAAUAGACUGACAUGAUCCAAAUGUUUUGUAAUACGUAUUUUAUGGAAGUAUAUCGCGGAGAGAUGUAUAUUCAGCUGGCGAUGAAUAAAGUAUGGAGAAAAGUA